GAGGUUCCGUAAGAUUAUGGAGAACUUCUCUGAGGUGGCAGAUUUCGUGACAGUGUAUAUUACCGAGGCUCAUCCCACUGACGGCUGGGCCUUAAAGGGCAACGUAGAGAUCGCCAACCAUAAAACUCUAGAGGAGAGGGUAGCAGCAGCUCAGAUGAUGUUAACAAUGGAGCCGCUAGAUUGUCCAGUGCUGGUGGACAUGCUCACAGACGAAGCUAACACGGCAUAUGCUGCUCUACCUGAGAGGCUCUACAUCAUCCAGGAUAGUGUUAUUGUUUACAAAGGCAAAGAAGGACCAUUGGGAUACAAGCUGCGUGCAGUAGAAGAGUGGCUUAAGAAACACAAGGGAAACUAGAUAACGAUGAGUUCCUGGCUGCCCUUAAAUCUUUACCGUGGAAACUUUUCGCCAGCCAGUGGCUGGCGAAGGGGCUUAAAUACGGCAGACAGGUGAGGAGAAGUUGUCGGAGGCGGUGUCACCUUGUAAAAAAUCCACAAGUGGAAGUAGGAAGAAUAGAAGAAUUCACAGCAUCAGGAUCCCAAGAUGUUGCUGUGUCUGACAGGAAUUGUUAUAUAAAUGGUUCAGAAAACCUAUAACUUGAUGAAUAAGGCACUUGUACAGCACUUAGGUAACUUGAUUGUGGAGACGUGUCCACAGUAACGAUACCCAAGUGUUUCACAAGUGUCUCAUUCAUCAACUUACGUUCAGCAAAUAGAUAAUGCCAGGGGAGUGAAUGUAACAUUCAUAAAGAAGGCAGAAGUCAGUUAUAUUUAAGAAUCAUGUAGCAUUAAGACAGUUUACAAAUAAGUUUAAUUUCUUAUGGAGAAUGUAACACAUGAUGGAUAUAAACAGAGGAGACAGCAAUUUUAAUUUUUCCUACCAUUAACAGUACUCUUUCCCCUAAUACUUCACUAAUUUUAAUAUCUGAUUACUCUAACAUUACCACAAAGCCAACCUAAUAUUCACAUCUAAUCGAUCUAACACUAACGACUAAACUAAAAUUAACUAAUUAAACUACCUUUAUAUUUUAGUUAUCUGACCUUAAUAUCUAACCAGUUUAAUUAUAAUGCUUAACAAGCAUAACUUUCAAACCUAACUUAUCUUCGAUAUCUAACUAAACAAACCUUAAAGCAUAACUUAAUAUACCGAAUAUUGUUGUAAUGCCGACAAGUGGUAUAUAGACACUUAAAUCUGUGAAGGUUUGUAU